GUUUAACAGUUCCAACCAGAUUCCAGAGAGAGAGAGAGUCAGGAGAGAGGACUUUUUUGCUUUUUGGUGUGUGAAUAUUUAAUGCAAUAACAAACUAUUAGUCCUUGGAAAUUACGAGGAAAGAAAUGGAAAAGCUGUUUCUGUUUCCAGCUCAUUACACUUCUUUCUCAGAUACUGCAUCUGUGGUUGGUUUCUCGUAGUCUUAUUCGUGUAACUGGGAGUUAGCUAAGCUUAUUGGGUGUUCUUGUGGAGGAUUUGCUGGUUUAGAAGCCAACGAGUCGGAUCGGUAUCAGAUACUAAAUGAAUUCUGAAGAAUGAUGAGUUUUGUUCAUGACCACAUUGCAAUGCUCAGAGAUUAUCUUCAGUAGAAAGGAUUGAAGGUCUAAUAGAAAGCUUGAAGUUUGUGGCGAAGUAAUUAUUUAGAAAUGUCUGAAUCUAAAUCAUUAGGACCGCCUGAGGAUUCAAAGGAGUUGAGGUCAUUGGCCUUAACACCAACAUGGUCUGUUGCUUCUGUUUUGACUAUAUUUGUUGCUGUUUCACUGCUUGUGGAGCGGUCAAUUCAUCGUUUGGGUAAUUGGUUGAAAAAAACUGAUCGGAAACCAUUGCUGGCAGCAGUUGAGAAAAUGAAGGAAGAAUUGAUGCUUCUUGGCUUCAUCUCUCUCCUCCUUACGGCCACAUCAAGCAUUAUAUCUAAUAUUUGUAUACCGUCAAAGUUCUAUAAUAGUGCAUUUGCUCCAUGCACCAUGCAAGAAGUCAACGAGGAAAAGGAAAAUACGGACAUGAAUGGAACCUUUUUUAAUCCUCGAUCCCAUAAGAGAGUAUUGAAUGGCUUGAAUCAGAACACCUGCAGGGAGCAUUAUGAACCAUUUGUCUCAUAUGAAGGCCUUGAACAACUGCACCGCUUCAUCUUUGUCAUGGCAAUUACGCAUAUAUCUUACAGCUGCUUAACAAUGCUGUUGGCAAUUGUUAAGAUCCACAGUUGGAGAGUAUGGGAGGACGAGGCUCACAUGGACACACACAAUUCGUUAACAGAAAUCACAAGAGCAAAAACAUUGCAAAGGCAAUCUACCUUUGUCAGGGUUCAUACAUCAACUCCUAUGGCCAGGCAUAGCAUCCUCAUUUGGGUGACCUGUUUCUUUCGGCAGUUUGGGCGUUCUGUUGUCCGGGCAGAUUACCUUUCACUCCGCAAGGGAUUCAUCACAAACCACAACCUUACUUCAAAAUAUGAUUUUCACAGCUAUAUGGUUCGCUCCAUGGAAGAAGAAUUUCAACGUAUAGUUGGUGUUAGUGGUCCUCUCUGGGGAUUUGUUGUAGCUUUUAUGCUGUUCAACAUAAAAGGAUCUAAUCUCUACUUCUGGAUUGCUCUAAUUCCAAUCACUCUUGUUCUAUUUGUGGGUGCAAAACUGCAACACAUUAUUGCAACCUUGGCAUUGGAGAGUGCAGGAAUAAGUGAGCGUUUCGCUGGACCAAGGAUUAAACCCCGUGAUGAGCUGUUUUGGUUUAACAAGCCAGAAUUAUUACUGUCCUUGAUACAUUUUAUCCUUUUCCAGAAUGCAUUUGAGCUUGCUUCUUUCUUUUGGUUCUGGUGGCAGUUCGGCUAUAAUUCAUGCUUCAUAAAGAACCACUUGCUGUUAUAUCUACGACUAAUUGUGGGGUUUUCGGGACAGUUUUUAUGCAGCUAUAGCACCUUGCCUCUCUAUGCACUGGUUACUCAGAUGGGAACGAACUACAAGGCUGCAAUAAUUCCACCAAGAAUAAGGGAAACAAUUCACGGAUGGGGAAAGGCAGCUAGGAGGAGGAGACGACAUGGCAAUUUCACAGAUGAUUCAACUAUUCAUACAGACACAAGUACAGUAUUAUCAGUUGAGGAAGAUGAACAUCAGUUGGUAGAUAGUCCUCGAUUAGUCCCUCGAACAGGCACAGAAAUCGAGUUGCAACCACAUAUUGUUGAUAUUAGUGGUCAUUCCCCAGUUGCCAACGAGACAUCGAGUAGGAUUGGUACGCCUCUCCUUCGACCAUCGGCUUCCAUUUCUUCUUCAGUUUCUCCUAGGAUUCUGCCAGAAAUAAUUACAAGAUCCUUGACAAUGCCCAUAAGAAGAGAAUAGAAACGAGACUCGACAAUGAUUCUACAAAAAUGUCGAGAAACAAAUCAAAUUUUAGUCUCGCGUUAAUACUUUUGCAGGUGUUUAGUUGUAACAUAAGUUAUAUAUAAAAUAGAUAUUGACAUGUUAGGUUUCUUUGAAAUUAUGAAAGAGUAGCACAGUAUUGCAGAAUUUGUAUUGCCAAAAUCCGCUUGAAAAACCUUUGUCCAAAUAUAAUUCCACGUUUUUUUUUAUA